GGCGCGCGUGCUGAGCUCAGCAGCGCGGUUCGGUUUCACGACGACAGGAGAGUCGAUUUACGGCACCUCACGUCACGCGCACCGCUCCGCAGAGGAGCCGCUGCAGACGUGUCGCCCGGGGAUCAACCGACAGACCGCGGACUGAUGGAAAACACGCAACGUCAUGAAAGAGAUUGACACCGUGGGGGGGGAGACGGAUGAAAACCGCGCAGAAAAUAAAGAAGGGGCACCAAUGAGGCGCAGCUUCUCCGUGGAGGACCUCCUCGACGAGGUGGAGAAGAUCUGCUACGAUGCCUCGGGGUCAUCGAAGGUGGAGAUGGUGGUGAGGCUGUGGAAGGACGGCUUCACGGUGAACGAUCAGGAGUUUCGCAGCUACUCCGUACCGGAGAAUCAAGACUUCCUGGACUCCAUCAAGAGGGGGGAGCUUCCGAAAGAGUGGGAGAGCAGGGCGGAGGAGGAGGAGCUGGAGAUCAGCGUGGAGGACCUGACGGAGGAAAACUACGUUCCCAGGAAAAGGGCCUUUCACCCCUUCAGCGGCCGAGGGUACCGACUCGGCAGCGUCGCGCCCAGAGUGGUGGCCAGGUCACCAUCUGUGCACGAGGACGGAGAAUCUCCUCCGAUCCCCAUGGUAACGCUAGACCACGCCCUUCCCGUUACCUCCCUGCAGAUCUGGUUGGCCGACGGCAGGAGAUUGGUGCAGAGGUUCAACCUAUCGAACCGCAUCGCCGACGUCCAGGACUUCGUGGCGCGCUGCCAGAGGAGCUGCCCGCCCUUCGUCCUGACCACGUCCGUCCCGUUCCGGGAGCUCGACGACAAAGACUUGAGUCUCCAGGAGGCCGACUUGGCCAACGCCGUCAUCGUCCAGAGACCCCUGGACACACAGGCCCCGUUUGGUCACUGCUGACUAUAUGAAAAAAGGCCCCCGCAACACACCCCUCGACCCUGAUUGCGGUCUCAAGGCCCCCCUAUGAUUUAUACAUUUAUAAUCUUGCUUUAUUCUAAAGUCUGUGCUGAAUUAUACAUAUACAUGUGUGGGAUUAUCAUAUUAUCUGCAGCCCGACGGAGAUGUUGUCAGCUUAUUUGUUGUCGGUGCCUUCUUGGUGUUCUUCCUCUGGGGGACAGCGUCUACCUGACAACAGAUCUCCCAAACCACAUGUUACCUUCCCUCCUUCCCUCCUUCCCUCCUUCCCUCCUUCACUCCUUCCCUCCUUCACUCCUUCCCUCCUUGCCUCACACACACAUGCACCAAUACCGUUACCUUCACCAGCACCACCCACCAACUCUCUCUAAAGUCUUCCCAAACUGCGAAAUACAAGGAGCUGAUAUUUCAUAUAUAUAUUUAUGUAUAGUUUAUAUUAUAAAUGAACACAUGUAUUGAUUUUGCACAUUAAUGCCAUUUUUUAAAAGCCAAAAUAUGACAAUGUGUUACUGUUAUUUUGUGUUGGCCUGACUGUUCAGUUCUAUAUGUUUAGUUUUUACAUUUUUGGGGGAAUUACUUCAGAAUGCACAAAGUAUUGUUUUAUUGGACUGCGUCCUUUUAACGGCAUAUCGAGGAACAAUAAAAGUCCUCAAACCGC